AUGUCAAUACGCAGUGAUACGUUACGGUAUGGUCACAGCUUUCCGCUGAGCCUCAUCCGGUAUCCGUUUGCAUUCGAUCAAGGCCUGAGUGAGGAGCUGGUAUUGUUUGGACGGAGACAGCAAGUCUCUCUCCCAUCAGGCAUUACAUGGAAGGCUGCCGAAAUAUUAUACCCUCAAAGAAAGAGACUUCUGACUGCAUGUUGCAAGGCUGCCCUUGCGUUUGAACAAACAACGGGCUCAUUAUUCAAUCCUGUGGCAGAAGAUUCGAUUGGAACCAGGUAUUCGUUGGCCCUGGCGGCGCCUGUCAGGACGCUGCGCAGUUCUUUGAGAAUCCACUCCGAAAAUGUCAUGGUAAAAAAUUUAACUUCACCAUUUAUAUCGCCUGAGAUCAUCGUCAAUCAUCAUGUAUGGUUAAGGCAAGGGGUCUGCCCCGCAGCAAAUGGUUCUAAGUAUGGGUAUGAAUAG